AUGUGGGGAAUGGGAGUGAGCAACUUGGAUAGAGUGGAAGGAAACGAGGAGGUAGACAAGAUAGUGAAACAGGCUCUUAAGGACACAAAUAUUGACAUACAUAUACCCUGGGAUCUGGUAUGUGAUAACAAAGGUCUGAAUAAAGCUGUGACUGCCAUCUUCUUUGUCGGAGUGAUGUUUGGAGCAGCUUUUUUUGGAGGCAUGAGUGACAGAUUUGGCCGUAAGCCGAUGCUGCUGGUGUCCUGUAUAUCAGGAAUGGCUUUUGCAUUGGCCAGCAUCUUUUCUUCCUCCUUCAUCAUGUUUGCAGUGCUGAGAUUCUUUAGUGGAUUCACCAUCACUGGCAUCGCUAUGGUCUCAGUCGUACUCAAUGUGGAGUGGGUGGACAUUAAGCACAGGAGGCUUGUAUGUAUAAUUGACAGUAUGGCAUGGGCUGUUGGGAGCACCUCAUUGUCUCUUAUUGCGUUCUGUAUCAGAGACUGGAGAUGGCUGACAGUGGCUGUCACUUCACCUUUACUGCUAUCCACAGUCCUCUGGUGGUGGGUUCCAGAGUCGGCUCGGUGGCUGAUAGCCAAUGGCAAGGCUGAAAAAGCUCAUUAUUAUCUUCAUAAAUGUGCUGUCAUGAACUGCAAGGAGGAAGUUAUCUCAAAAAUCAAACCUGAGGCUCUCUCAAUAAUAGUUACGGACGGGGGAAAGAAAAAUUAUUCGUACCUGGACCUUGUCAGAACCCCUAAGAUGAGGAGAUUGGCUCUGCUCACAGGAACCAUAUGGUUUUGUGUUGCCACUAUGACCUAUGGUAUAAGUCUCAACAUCACAGGCUUUGGGCUAAAUAUGUACCUCACUCAGUUUGUGUAUGGAGCCAUUGAGAUUCCCUCUAAACUGAUGGUAUAUUACCUGCUGGAGAAGAUUGGCAGACGUAAAACUGAAGCAGGAGCUCAGCUGUUGGCUGGAAUCAGCCUCAUGAUUAACAUAUUCAUACCCAAAGAUCAGUGGGUUGGUCGUACUGUGGUGGCAGUACUGGGUAAAGGUUUUGCAGGUGCUGCUUUUUGUACAAUUGUAUUAUACAGCUCGGAGCUUUACCCGACUGUCCUCAGGCAAAAUGGGAUGGGCUAUAACUCGUUCCUGGGCCGGCUGGGUGUGUCUGUGGCUCCUCUAGUCCUGCUAUUGGACAGUUUCUGGGGCCAUUUAUCUCAGACCAUCCUGUGCUCUGUGGCACUCAUUGCUUCUCUGGUGGCCUGGCAGUUACCUGAGACACAAGACAGGUGUCUACCUGAGACUAUAGAGGAUGUCGAGGGUACUGGGAAAAGUCUCAUUAAAGAUCAUGACAAGCGGGAGGAUGAGGAGAAAAUGACAAUGAAUGGACACACUGAGGAGCACUGAGAUUGUGUGCACAUUCAAUCUUAAAUUUUACCCAAGUUGUUUAGUGUUCAGAGUUCAGAUCCCAGUAAAUGCACACAAAAACAAAAUAAAAAUAAA